AUGGAGCUGAAGCACGAGGAACAACACUCGCAGAUGAAAACGAUGAAGCAGGAGCCAGCUGAGCUACGUGAGCAGAACAGGAGCCAGAACAAGUACAUCCGCCACUUGAUGGGUGCCUACUGGCAAUCAGCUUUCGAAGCACCGGGUGCUGGAGGCCGCACUCACGCAGGUAUUCAAGCUGUGGCCCAGAUCAUCAAAUACAUCGAGGAGGACGCGUGGGGUGAGUUUGAUGAAACCGAUAAGUGGAUUGUGAGCGCGUACGCCGACGUCUCUGGCGAGAUCCACCACGAUCCAGACUGGUUCGAGGCUCUGCAAGUCUACCAGAUCGGCGGGGACCCCGACUAUCGGACGGUGUUUUCUCGCCUGUACCACCGCCAUCCUACCCCGGAAGAGCUGCGCAGUGUGGAACUAAGUCUUCCCGAGUAA